AGGAACUAUUACAUCAAAAAAUAAAUUAUUUAUAAAUCAAGGCAGAGCAUUUUCACACUAAUCAGACUGUGACUUUCUGUAGGAGACUGACAUCUAGUGGACUUGUUUAUUAUAUGACAGACAUACCUGUUUGCACACGUUUCAUAAACACAACCAGGACAUUCUUGUUCAGGGAGUUCAGGGAAACUGAAACUGUUGGGCUGAUGUUUGUUUCGUCUAUCUUUCUGUGAGUACAUACAGUGAAAUGGCAGGAGCCAGUAUUUCAGUGGAUCAGGAUCAGUUCAUCUGUUCAAUCUGUCUGGAUCUACUGAAGGAUCCAGUGACUAUUCCCUGUGGACACAGUUACUGUAUGAGCUGUAUUACAGACUGCUGGGAUCAAGAUGAUCAGAAGAGAGACUACAGCUGCCCUCAGUGCAGACAGACCUUCAAUACAAGACCUGUUUUAGGUAAAAACAACAUGCUGGAUGAAGUGGUGGAGAAACUGAAGAAGACAAAACUACAAGCUGCUCGUCCUGAUCACUGUUAUGCUGAAGCUGGAGAUGUGAAGUGUGACGUCUGUACUGAGAGAAAACACAAAGCCGUCAAGUCCUGUCUGGUGUGUCUGAACUCUUACUGUCAAAAUCAUUUUAAACUUCAUGAAGAACUUCACUCAGGAAAGAGACACAAAGUGACAGACGCCACUGGACGACUUCAGCAGAUGAUCUGCCCUCAACAUGAGAAACCUUUAGAGAUUUACUGUAAAACUGAUCAGCUCUGUAUAUGUCUUCUGUGUAUGGUGGGGGAGCACAAAAAUCACAACACUAUACCAGCUAAAGACGAGAGGACCGAGAAACAGAAAGAACUGAAGGAGACACAGAGAAAAUACCAGCAGAGAAUCCAGGAGAGUCAGAAGAAGCUUCAGGAGCUGAGAGAUGCUGUGGAGACUCAUAAGCGCUCUGCACAGACAGCAGUGGACGACACUGAGAGGAUCUUUACUCAACUGAUCCAAACCAUUGAGAGAAGACGAUCUGAGGUGACACAGCUGAUCAGAGAUCAGGAAAAGACUGCAGUAAGUGAAGCUGAAGGACUCUUGAAGCGACUGGAGCAGGAGAUUGAUGAUCUGAGGAGGAGAGACGCUGAGCUGGAGCAGCUUUCACACACAGAUGAUCACAUCCAUUUCCUCCAGAGUUUUCAGUCUCUCUCUGUUCCUCCUGGAUCUUCAGACUCACUCAGCAUCACUGUCAGCUCUCUCAUCUCUUUUGAUGAUGUAGGAAAAUCUGUGUCUCAUCUGAGAGAGAAACUGGAGGAUUUCUGUAGAGAAGAGAUAAAGAUAUUUGAUAAAGGUAAUCCUGAACCUGAGACCAGGGAGCAGUUCCUAAAUUAUUAUCAUCACUUCACUGCAGAUCCGAACACAGCAAAUAAACAUCUCUGUCUGUCUGAGGGGAACAGAGUGAUUACUAAAAUUGACACAGCCCAGCCGUAUCCUGAUCAUCCAGACAGAUUUGAUGGUUAUUCUCAGGUGUUGUGUAGUGAGAGUGUGAGUGGACGCUGUUACUGGGAGGUUGAGUGGAGUGGUCGGGUGAAUAUAUCAGUGUCAUAUAAGAGCAUCAGCAGGAAGGGAUUGGGUGAUGAGUGUGUGUUUGGAUAUAAUGAUCAGUCCUGGAGAUUGCGCUGCUGUGGCUCCAGUUGUUCAUUCUGGCACAAUAACAUUGAGACUGAACUCCCAGUAGUGCUCAGAUCUUCUAGAAUAGGAGUUUAUGUGGAUCACAGUGCAGGAUCUCUGUCCUUCUACAGCGUCUCUGACACAAUGACCCUCAUCCACAGAGUCAACACCACAUUCACUAAACCUCUCUAUCCUGGGUUUUACAUUUGUCCUGGAUCAGUGAAACUGUGUGAUCUAACAAUAUAGAUGAUACAUAGAGUCUACAAUGAUAUUGUUAUACAUUGAACUCAAUAGGGAACAAAGAUCUUCACACUGCAUCUAGUAAUGAUUGUAAAGUAUACAGGACUAUAAAGUCAUCAAUGACUAUAACAGCACAAACAUCAUCUCAGUUAAGUUAGUUAAGAGGUUUGUCAGACCCUUAUAAAUAAUGGCAUUCGAUACGUCAAGAUUUAGGUAGAGUUAACUGGUUCAUUAAACCAAAUAAUUAAGGACACUCGAUGCGCCAAUGCUUCAAGGUAAGUCUGAAUGAAGUCAAACAUCAAAAUAUAUUAGCCAGUUAAGGAGAUCAUAAUUCAAAAGCCAAUUAACAAUCCAAAUCAAAUAUGAAGCAUAAAUCAAUAAACAGAUAUAAUCAUAUGAAGCAUUGCAUACCUGUCAAAAGGACGAUACUCUGUUACAGUGUAGGGGAUUUGGCUAAAGAUUCCUGAUGUAAAUAAAAAUACAUGAUGCUGUGCCCAAGACACAACAUCACGGGGUUCAUUUCUAAAUAUAAAAGAUCUCCUGAACCCCAAACUUUCCUUAAAGGGCCAUUUCACCUGUGGAAACAUUCAUCUUUAUUGAAAGUGGGUCAUAUUUGUAGUCGAAAUGUAACAUACAUUUAGAAUUUUUUGCCUAUUUGACCGAGAAAAGACAGAAUGUGACUUUAGGGCUCAUUUGUAUGGAAAACUACAACUCCCACCAUGCACAGCUCUGCAAGCCACUCCCAUUAAUCGGAACACCGCUCAGAUAUGCUAUUCUGUACAUAAAUGCCACGUUAGUAUAACAAAGAAAAUAAAAACACUCACUUUAUAGUCAGACGUCCGUUUAUCCCUGCAGGCUUUGGCUGUCGCUUCCAGUUUAGGAUUCUAAAAUAUGUAUCCAGGACGCUGUCUCCAUAUACGGUACGAAGCUUGGGUAAGAGCAAGCUUCAUUCAGUUUCUGAUAUAUGUUUGAGAGUGCUUGGCCAAACAUGUAUAUUGUCAAAAAAGAAAAUGCCGCAUCCUGCACACAAACGCAUCCACCGCACAAUAUGUAUACUCCACAGACACGCUAGCUCAGCGCUUGUGCUCGUAAGCCGAAACACGCUGAAACACGCGCAAAGUACCUCUCUUGCCCGGGACCAUUCACCAAACAAAAGUCCAUAUCCUGAUCUGAUGCGGAAAUGUUAUAGCCUACAGAAAUCACACAGCGAGUGUACAGCCACUACUAGUCUGUCCAAACUCGGGCCAGUCCAGGCUUCUCUACGCAGCAGAGGCCGAUGGUUGCAGCGUUUUCCCCGGGCUCCUCUAUGCAGCUGAAGCCCAGGCUCCGGCCUACUCCUCAGGCUUCUGUUGCUCCAUCUGUCUCAGCUCUUUGCUGUAUUGUGGCUCAUAAAGGUGCCAUGAACAACCGAUUAGAGCAUCACGCUUGCGAAAUCACCCUCUUCCAUAUCAUAUCGAUUACCUUCUGCUAUUAUUGUAACAUGAAGUCUGGCUCGCACCACAACGUCUGUUAGCUUAGCUUAGCAUAAAGAUCGUUUUUUUGUCUGUGUUCGUAUAUUUUCGUAAGUCUCACCCACUGUAGCGUGUAGCGUGAGUGGGUCCCACCCAUAGCUCCUACCUUCGAAAAAUGAGGAAAGGAAAGAUACAGCAGUUCCUUCUUUCAAUGACGCAAAAUGACGAUUUUUACAUUUUUGAAAGAAGGAAGUGCAACUCUGAAUUCAUUAUUUCUCCCAUCUCAAGGGAAACUGAGGGAAUGACGCAUGACCAUUCAAAAACAUGACUGGGGUUCUAACGAAAGCUUAAUGCAAAUAGGUGAAUUGUCCUUUUAACCCUUAUAUUAUGUUCCAGGUAAUUUUGAUCCGUUUUGAUUUUUAAGCUGUCGGAUAAACCAGUUAACCUGUGAUUUUAUUCUUGAAAUUUUGUGACUUUCUCAUGUAUGGCCAUGAACAUACAUGCAAUUUGACCCGCAUUUUGUUUUGUUCCAAAGCAACUGUAUAGACCUAAAUUAAAUAUAUAAUUUUAGUGUUUGUUGCUAUAUUGGUGUUUUACUCUCCCGAAAUGGGGGUAAAAAUGCUUCUCCUCACUCUUUUAAGUACUGAAAAAGACUUUUACAGACACAGAUGUUAAAAGUGAGCUAUCAUUUCUAUUUACAAUGUAUAUUAAAUACUACUUGAGUUACUGUUUUCUUCCAGACAUUUUUGUGACUUUUUCUCAUUUAGGGCCAUGAACAUGCAUGCAAAGUUAGGAUAUACUGAUAAUAAUGAUUUUUGUUACGAUUUUGAUGUUCGCGGGUCAAUUUGAUUCAUAUUUGUUUGUUCCAAGGCAACUGUAUAGACACAAAUUAAAUACAUUUAUUGCGUAUA